CGACGAGGAACAUAAGCGUCAUCACAAAAAUGACAAAACUGCCCGAAAAUUUCUGAAUGAUAAACAAGUUAUUUCCAAGUAUGGUGAAUCAUUUAACUCGAAAAAUCGCACAAGUAACUUCAGAAUUCCUAAGUGGAAAAUCAUCCAAACCAAUCUAGGCAAUAUUUUUAAAAAUAAUUUGAUUAAAAUAGUAAAAAAAUUGAAAAGAAAAGUACGAGGGAGAAGAUGGACGCAAGAGAGGGAGCCUUCGAAGUGGUUGUGGCACGAAGAUAAACAGAAACCAUCUAGCGAACCCAAGACGAUGAUCUGCCGAUUCAACAACAUACCAUUCUUCACAAUGCGUCGCGCCCUGAUAACUCUGGGAAUAUUUGCAGUGGUGUUCACGCUCUACCUCCUCGUCUGCUGCCUACACCGACGAUACCAUCUGGGCAGACGGCUCUAUCACGAAUCAACAACCGAGCAGAUGAAGAGAUCAGAUGGGUUUGAUGUGUAUCAGUCGAAGGGCAGCAAACGUCACCAGCUGCUGAGGAGGCAGCUUGGAAUGUCGAAGUCCGAGAUGUCCAAGCGAAAAAACAAACCUGAUCAGACGCCUAAACAAAGUUCCAAGAAUUUUCGAACGAAGCAGUUCGAAGAGGCGACACCUCAGCAGAAACAAAUAGAACUAACUGAACUAACGAAAGAAACAAACUCAGCCCAGCAACUACCACCUUCAUCCCAGCAAGAAUUUGAACCGCCACCAACAAAACAUGAGUCGCAAGCACAACAAUCACAACGACCUCAACAGCAGCCAGAAGAAUGGCAAAAAAGCAAAUCAAUUCUACAAAAUCAAAAGCAGGAUAAAAAAGAGGAUCAUUCCAAGGCGCAACUCGAUCGACACUCAAGCUUUUACCGAAUCAGAGAAAAAUUUGCGAAAGACAAAAAGAAACAAGUGGCUUCCCAAAAAAAUUCACCAACGAAUCCUCAUCCCUCUCUCAGAUCUUCCAUUUCAGAACACAACGGCUUCUUCAUCGCCAAAGACUCCCAGUCCCAAGCCUCUUUCUACAGUAGUACAUCAGAACUAUCAGGGAUAAGCCAACCAACAAAAAAGCAAAAACGGAUCCCCUUCGGGUUCUCCAAUCUUUUCAGAAGCUCAAAAUUGAAAGCCAAAAAUUCGAAAAUUAUUAGAGAUGACCUGGGACAGUCAGUAUCACUAACGGUCAAUCCGUCAACUAGACUGACCCAAUCACCAACGAGGGAUGUUCAACAUUCCGAAAGUCAAAAUAAAUUACACGCGAAACCAGUCUAACUUAUCCAGUCAAAUCUCAUAAUCAUUAACAUCAUCAUCAUCCGUCAUUAUCGUUAUCACACCGAUAUUAUCAUCAUUUCCACUUCUGAAACAACCAUAAUUAUCAUCGAUUAAAAUAUCAUCCCAACUGACCAAAUGUAUCUGACCUUCAUCACUCCGUAGCAAAUACUUCAACCACAAUAAAUGAGUGGUGUAGACUGAAAUUUUUUGUGAAGGAGUGGAAUUUUUUUUAAAUUUUGAAUAUUUUUUUUUGUUUUUUUUUCACGUUUUUAAAAGUGUUUUUUGUACAUUUUUCUUAAAAUUUUACCGUUGUGGUCUAAAACUGAAACAAUU